AUGCCCAGCAUAUCAAGCCCGGCCAGUACAAAGGCGCAAACCAGAACACUUGCCACCUGCGGGAGGCCCAAGGCCAUAUUUUGCAUCCCCUUGGUCUCCGAAAUCCUGGUUUACAGCGAAGCAAGCGCGGGAUUGACCAGGGCGACGGGCACCCCACAUCGUUACGGCCCGGGUCACGCCGAUGAGGGCAAGGAGUAUCAAGGCCGCGGUGGUGGUUCGCAACGGUAUUGUCAGCAAGAAGGAAAUAGUUGUGAGAAUUUGAGAAGAGAGCCCAAGUCGCGGGAAGUGCUGAGGGGUAAGGAGGCGAGUGGCGGUAAACUGGGCUAA